AUGCUCCGCUCCACCAAGGGCGCCUCCAAGGCGCGCCGCGACCAGAUCAACGCGCAGAUCCGCGCCCUGCGCGACCUCCUCCCGCUGCCCGACGGCGACCGGCCGCGCCUCUCCUACCUGCACGUCAUGGCCCUCGCCUGCAUCUACACCCGCAAGGGCGCCUGCCUCCGGCCAGGCCCGAGCCGGGGCGCGCCCCUGGAGCUGCUCGGGGGGCCCGAGCUCGCCGACCUGGUGGCGUCGCUGCCCGGGUUCCUGCUGGCCGUGACCCCGCGAGGGGAAGCUGGUCGGGGUCACCGACAACGUGGCGCAGCACCUGGGGCACUCCAUGGUGGACCUGGUGGCACAAGGGGACAGCAUCUACGACCUGCUGGACCCCGCCGAUCACCCCCUGGUGCGGCACCAGCUCAGCCUGCCCGGGCCCCCCCAGGCAGGUGGCCGGACAGACAGCCGGACGGACAGCCGGACAGACGGCCCCCUCUCCCCCCCAGAGCGGCCUGUUCCGCUGCCGGUUCACCACCUCGCGCGCCUCGCGCCGCCCCAGCGCCGGCCGCAAGCUCGUUCUGCUCCGGGGGCGCUUCCAGGAGCCCCCCGGGAGCCCCGGGACCCCCCGGCAGCGCCCCCCCCGCGCUCUUCGUGGCCUUCUGCGCCCCCCUGGACCCCCCCGCCCUGGCCCUGCCCCCGACUGCCUCCUGCUGCCCGCCUUCCAGAGCCGGCACGCCCGCGACCUCGCCCCUGCUCGACGUGUCCGACAGUGUCCUGGCGCACCUGGGCUACGGCCGGGCCGAGCUGCUCGGCCGCUCCUGGUACCGCCUGCUGCACCCCGAGGACCUGGGACACGUGGCCCGCCAGCACCUGCGCCUCGCGGGCGCGGGGCCGGAGGCUCGGGGCGAGGUGGUCACUCGGCUGCAGCGCAAGGACGGCCUGGGCUGGACGUGGGUGUACGCCCGCCUGCGGCCGGAGGGGCCGGCCCUGCUGGCCACAACUUCGUCAUCAGCGAGGCCGAGGCCUGGUGCCUGCGCCAGCAGCUGGCGGCCGAAGCCCCCCCCGGGACCCCCGGAGCCGUUCGGGCCCGGCCUCGACUUCCCCGCGAGCGAGCGCGAGCUGCCCCUGGAGCUGCCCCUGCGGCCCGGCCUGGGGCUGGCGGUCAGCGCCGGGGCCGCCGACGGACACGGACACGCGCUCGGACACGGCGCUGACCCCCGGCCUGGGGGCCGCCAUCGGGCUCGGACACGGACACGGACACAGCGCUACGGCCAUGGCUGAGCCGGGCCUGGGGCCCGGCAUUACACACGGCCUUGGACACGGACACGGUGCUACGGCCACAGCUGACCCUGGACUUGGAGCCACCAUC